CACUGAUGUGCGUUGAUGAGGCUGCACUGAUAGGCGGCACUGAUGGGCGGCACUGAUGGGCACAGGUGGGUUGCACUGAUGGGCACAGGUGGGUGGCACUGAUGGGCACAGGUGGGUAUCACUGCAGGACACAGGUGGGUGGCACUGAUGGACACAGGUGGGUGGCACAGGGUGGCACAGGUGGGUGGCACUGCAGUGCACAGGUGGGUGGCACUGCUGGGCACAUCUGGGUGGCACUGAUCAUCAGUGCCCUAAUGAUCAGUGCC